AUGACUCGUGUCAAGCUCCUGCUGCUGGCAGGCGAUUACGUCGAGGACUACGAAAUCAUGGUGCCCUUUCAAGCGCUCCAGAUGGUGGGCUUCCAGGUGGACGCCGUGUGUCCCGGCAAGAAGGCCGGCGACAUGUGCCGCACCGCGGUGCACGAAUUUGAGGCAAGAGGAGACCAGACGUACAGCGAGAAGCCGGGGCACAACUUUGUGCUGAAUGCCGACUUUGAUGCCGCCAAGCCGGAGAGCUACGACGGGCUGGUGAUUCCGGGCGGGCGCGCGCCCGAGUACCUGCGGCUCAACCCUCGUGUGAUCGAGAUAGUCAAGCACUUCAUGGCGGCCAAGAAGCCGGUGGCAUGCAUCUGCCACGGAGCACAGCUGCUGGCGGCGGCGGGCUGCGUCAGCGGCCGCACCUGCACCGCCUACCCGGCCUGCGGACCCGAGGUGACUGCCGGCGGGGGCAACCACCGGGAUGUGGGUGUGGAGGAAGUGGUGAUUGACGGCAACCUGGUCACGGCGGCAGCGUGGCCGGCCCACCCCAAGUGGCUGGCUGCCUUUGUGGAUGUGCUGGGGUACAAGGUGGUUCACAAGGAGACGGGGGCGCGGGUGUUUGUGCCGCACCACGCCUGA